AUGUAUCAAGAUUAUCAAAGAUAAUUUUAACUUGUGGAUACAACCUAAUCUAAAUCCAAAACCUAAGCAACUGAAAAUUCUUAAUUGCAAACUCCCAUUUAACAUGCUCUUGAUUAAGAAUUACCUAAUUCCAUUAAUAAUGUAAAUAUCUACAUUUAUAUUUAACAGAUGAAAAUAUCCCUUCCUAUACAUCAAUAUUUUGAUCUGACCCAAUAAAUGCAGGGUUCAUCUGAUUCAUUAGCCCAAUCCAACUUUUAAGAGAAGGAUAUCGAAGUCAUGGUUGAAAGAUUGAAUAAUUGGUAAGCCAAAAAACUAGAAAGAGAAUAAUUGAUUGCUUAAGAAUACAAUAAUUAAUAAGCAUCAAUAUCUGGUCAUUCGUACAAUUAACCAAAGUCGUAUUCGAACAUGUUUUUAAAUAUUUGA